GCAGGAUGGGGGCAGAGAAUGUGUCCUGGGACUCUGAACGGACUGAGUGUGACUGGCGAUGCUGAGAACCAGUACCAAACACUGCACAAGCUCUACGAGAGGUGUGAGGUGGUGAUGGGGAACCUUGAGAUUGUGCUCACCGGACACAAUGCUGACCUCUCCUUCCUGCAGUGGAUUCGAGAAGUGACAGGCUAUGUCCUGGUGGCCAUGAACGAAUUCUCUACACUCCCAUUGCCUAAUCUCCGAGUGGUGCGGGGGACCCAGGUCUAUGAUGGGAAGUUUGCCAUCUUCGUCAUGUUGAACUAUAACACCAACUCCAGCCACGCUCUGCGCCAGCUCCGUUUUACCCAGCUCACGGAGAUUCUGUCUGGGGGUGUUUACAUUGAGAAGAAUGAUAAGCUUUGCCACAUGGACACAAUUGAUUGGCGGGAUAUCGUGAGGCACCCCAGCGCCGAGAUAGUGGUGAAGGACAAUGGCAGAAGCUGUCCACCCUGCCAUGAGGUCUGCAAGGGGCGUUGCUGGGGACCUGGACCAGAGGACUGCCAGACAUUGACAAAGACCAUCUGUGCCCCUCAAUGUAAUGGUCACUGCUUUGGGCCUGACCCCAACCAAUGCUGCCACGAUGAGUGUGCUGGGGGCUGCUCUGGCCCUCAGGACACCGACUGCUUUGCCUGCCGACACUUCAAUGACAGUGGAGCUUGCGUGUCCCUGUGCCCACAGCCUCUUGUGUACAACAAACUCACUUUCCAACUGGAACCCAAUCCCUACACCAAAUACCAGUAUGGAGGAGUUUGUGUGGCCAGCUGUCCCCAUAACUUUGUGGUGGACCAGACAUCCUGUGUCAGGGCCUGUCCUCCUGACAAGAUGGAAGUAGAUAAAAAUGGUGUCAACGUGUGUGAGCCUUGUGGAGGGUUGUGCCCUAAAGCCUGUGAAGGGACAGGUGCUGGGAGUCACUUCCAGACUGUGGACUCCAGCAACAUCGAUGGGUUUGUGAACUGCACCAAGAUCCUGGGCAACCUGGACUUUCUUAUCACCGGCCUCAAUGGAGACCCUUGGCACAAGAUCCCUGCCCUAGACCCUGAGAAGCUCAACGUGUUCCGGACAGUACGAGAGAUCACAGGUUAUCUGAACAUCCAGUCCUGGCCUCCACACAUGCACAACUUCAGUGUUUUUUCCAAUCUGACAACCAUUGGGGGCAGAAGUCUCUACAAUCGGGGCUUCUCAUUAUUGAUCAUGAAGAACUUGAAUGUCACAUCCCUGGGCCUCCGAUCCCUGAAGGAAAUAAGUGCUGGCCGUGUCUACAUCAGUGCCAACCGCCAGCUCUGUUACCACCACACUGUGAACUGGACCAGGCUGCUUCGGGGGCCUGCAGAAGAGAGACUGGACAUCAAGCAUAAUCGGCCCCGCAGGGAUUGUGUGGCAGAGGGCAAAGUGUGUGACCCGCUGUGCUCCGGGGGAUGUUGGGGCCCAGGCCCUGGUCAGUGUUUAUCCUGUCGAAACUACAGUCGAGGGGGUGUCUGUGUAACCCACUGCAACUUUCUGAAUGGGGAGCCUCGUGAGUUUGCCUCUGAAGCUGAAUGCUUCUCCUGUCACCCAGAAUGCCAGCCCAUGGAGGGCACUGCCACAUGCAAUGGCUCGGGCUCUGAUGCUUGUGCUCAGUGUGCCCAUUUUCGAGAUGGACCCCACUGUGUGAGCAGUUGCCCCCAUGGAGUCCUAGGUGCUAAAGGUCCUAUCUACAAGUACCCAGAUGUUCGGAAUGAAUGUUGGCCCUGCCACGAGAACUGCACUCAAGGGUGUAAGGGACCAGAGCUACAAGACUGUCUGGGCCAACCACUGGUACUAAUCAGCAAAACCCAUCUGGCAUUGGCUGUGACAGUUGGAUUGACAGUGAUUAUGCUGGUCCUAGCCAGCACUUUUCUCUAUUGGCGUGGGCGCCGGAUUCAGAAUAAAAGGGCUAUGAGGCGCUACUUGGAACGGGGUGAGAGCAUAGAGCCUCUGGAUCCUAGUGAGAAGGCUAACAAAGUCUACGCCAGAAUCUUCAAAGAGACUGAGCUGAGGAAGCUGAAAGUGCUUGGUUCAGGUGUCUUUGGAACAGUGCACAAAGGGGUGUGGAUCCCUGAGGGUGAAUCCAUCAAGAUUCCAGUCUGCAUUAAAGUCAUUGAGGAUAAGAGUGGUCGGCAAAGUUUUCAGGCUGUGACAGACCAUAUGCUGGCCAUAGGCAGCUUAGACCAUGCCCACAUCGUCCGGCUGCUAGGCCUCUGCCCAGGGUCAUCUCUGCAGCUUGUCACUCAAUACUUGCCUCUGGGUUCCCUGCUGGAUCAUGUGAGACAACAUCGGGGGGCACUGGGACCACAGCUGCUGCUCAACUGGGGAGUACAAAUUGCCAAGGGUAUGUACUACCUGGAGGAGCAUGGUAUGGUGCAUAGGAACCUGGCUGCCCGAAAUGUGCUACUUAAGUCACCCAGUCAGGUUCAAGUGGCAGAUUUUGGUGUGGCUGACCUGCUGCCCCCCGAUGACAAGCAGCUACUACAUAGUGAAGCCAAGACUCCAAUCAAGUGGAUGGCCCUUGAGAGUAUCCACUUUGGAAAAUACACACACCAGAGUGACGUCUGGAGCUAUGGUGUAACAGUUUGGGAGUUGAUGACCUUUGGGGCAGAGCCCUAUGCUGGGCUGCGAUUGGCUGAAGUACCAGACUUGUUGGAGAAGGGAGAGAGGCUGGCACAGCCUCAGAUCUGCACCAUUGAUGUCUACAUGGUCAUGGUCAAGUGUUGGAUGAUUGAUGAGAAUAUUCGCCCAACCUUUAAAGAACUAGCCAAUGAGUUCACCAGGAUGGCCCGUGAUCCACCUAGGUAUCUAGUCAUAAAGAGAGAGAGUGGGUCUGGAAUACCUCCUGGGGCAGAGCCCCAUGCUCUGACAGAUAAGGAACUGGAAGAAGUAGAGCUGGAGCCAGAACUGGACCUAGACUCAGACUUGGAGGGAGAGGAGGACAGCCUGGCAACUACACUAGGCUCUGCCCUCAGUUUACCAUCUGGAACGCUUACUCGGCCACGCGGGAGCCAGAGCCCGUUAAGUCCAUCAUCUGGAUACAUGCCUAUGAACCAGAGUAACGUUGGGGAAGCUUCCCAGGAAUCUGUAGACUGUGGAGAUAGUGAUCGGUGCCCCCGGCCUGUCUCUGUGCACCCAGUGCCACGGGCACACCUGACAUCAGAGUCAUCAGAGGACCAUGUGAUGGGCUCUGAGGCUGAGCUCCAGGAAAAGGUGUCGAUGUGUAGAAGCCGGAGCCGGAGCCCACGGCCACGUGGAGACAGUGCCUACCAUUCCCAGCGCCACAGCCUGCUUACCCCUGUCACCUCACUGUCCCCGCCAGGGUUAGAGGAAGAGGAUGUCAACGGUUACGUCAUGCCAGACACACAUCUUAAAGGUACUUCUUCCUCCCGGGAAGGCACCCUUUCUUCAGUGGGUCUCAGUUCUGUCCUGGGAACUGAAGAAGAAGAAGAAGAAGAUGAGGAGUAUGAAUACAUGAACCGGAGGAGAAGGCAUAGUCCAGCUCGUCCCCCUAGACCUGGUUCCCUUGAAGAGCUGGGUUAUGAGUACAUGGAUGUAGGAUCAGACCUCAGUGCCUCUCUGGGUAGCACACAGAGUUGCCCACUCCAUCCUGUUCCCAUCAUGCCCUCUGCUGGCACCACUCCUGAUGAGGACUAUGAAUAUAUGAAUCGGCAGCGUGGAGGUGGUGCAGGGGGUGAUUAUGCAGCCAUGGGGGCCUGCCCAGUAGCUGAACAAGGUUAUGAAGAGAUGAGAGCUUUUCAGGGGCCUGGACACAAUGCCACCCAUGUUCGCUACGCCCGCCUCAAAACUCUACGAAGCUUAGAAGCCACAGACUCUGCCUUUGACAACCCUGACUACUGGCAUAGCAGGCUUUUCCCUAAGGCUAAUGCCCAGAGAACGUAACCCCUGCUCCCUGGGACACUUGGAGCAUUUGAUGGCAGCUAGUGUCUAUAGAGGGGACUCCUAACUCCCUCUUCCCUCACAGGUCUCAGCCCCAUUUCUUGCAUCCCAGACAACUCCAUUCAACCUCUGGAGGCUUUUAAACACUUUAACAUGAAAUUUGUACAGUAUAUAGCCACUGUACUCCUCUUUUCCAGCCCCAGGAAAGAAGGUUUUGUCUGCUUUGCUAACUCUACUCCUCAGCUUCCUCACAGGAACUCCCUGGAGAUAUGAAGGAUUAUUUUGCCAAUCGCUUUCUCUUUGAGGCUUUUACCUGUUGGAACUAGUGAGCCUUUGUUUCCCAUCAUACUGUCAUAAAGAGGAGGAAGGGGAAAACCUGGUGAAAGGGGUCAUAUUUUGGCUUAUGACUUGUAAUCCCUUGGAAAGACUGGAAAAUAUAAAUUUUGUGGAAGAGAGAGGUUAGGAGUAGAUACUACGUUGAGCAUUUCCCAAGAGCUAGGCAUCAUGCUAACUCUCUCCUGUAUUAUCUCACUCCUUUAUAAUCUGUACAGAUUUGUGAAGUAGACAUCCCAUUUUACAAAGACAGUGCCCCCCAUCCCGUGUUCCAAGAUACCCAGUGAAUGUAUGACAUGGGAUAUUACUGAAAUGUAUAAUGCCCUUUCCUUCAGUGAAGUAUUAUGCAUUGUGCCCAUAACUUUUGCAGUUUGAAAAGCAACAACAAAACUAGGACUGACACCUAUUUCCAUUUUCACAGACAGAUCUGUUCUUGUCAUAGAUGUUAGCAACAUCAGCAUAGGAUUUUUUUUCUUUAUUGAGAACUGUCACUUUUUCACUUAAAGGAAGUCCAUUACAGUUUCUCUUUCACGUGUCUGAAUUGCCAGCAUCACAACUCUUGCACCGUGUGGCCAUUAUUAAGUAAAAUAAGGACACAAGCACUGUGCAACAGUCUGAUAAUUGAGACUGCUACUAAUGGGCAGAUGAAUACACUGGGCAAAGGGUUAAUUUCCCUGAGAGGACAGAACCAGGUGGUGUGCAAAUUCAGCAUGCUAUUCAGAAAAUGCAACUUAAACUGAAUUGUUUAUUUCUGGAAUUUUUCAUUUUAAUAUUUUCAGACUGUGGCUCCUCAAGUAACUCAAACUGCAGACAGCAAAUCAUGGGGAGGGGUGACUAAGCCUGAAGAAAUUAGGUCUAGGAUUCAAAAUUUCCCAAUUCCAAUGCAUAUUCUCUUUCUUCAAGAAAAAGUGGUAGGCUGGGUGUGGUGGCCCACGCCUGUAAUCCCAGCACUUGGGAGGCUGAGGCAGGAGGAUCUGUGAGUUCCAG